GCGCCGUUUCCCCAUUUUCCUCCUUUUUUUAGUCCCAUUUCAUUGAUCAUUGGUCACUUUUCUUUUUACCCUUUGUUUUUCAUAAAUCUUCUGACAACCUCAACUACUUCAGCUAACAGGGAAAAAGAACAUGCUUGGUCCAACACCAAUUUCUAACUGGCUUGGAAUUCUCCUGGGAGAAAAAUUCUUUGAUCCUUGUAUUGUUCAUGAAUCUGCCAAGAAAAAUGACAAGAACGUUUUUUGCUUGAAUUGUUGCAUUACCAUCUGCCCCCAUUGCUUGCCCCUUUACAGUCCUCAUCGUCGCUUACAGAUAAGGAGAUACGUUUAUCAAGAUGUUAUAAGGCUAAGUGAUGCUCAAAAGCUGAUAAAUUGUUCUCUUGUCCAACCCUACACAACAAACAGUGCCAAAGUAGUGUUUUUGAAUGAAAGGCCAAUGUCUCGCCCUUUUAGAGGAUCUGGUAAUUUCUGUAUACAAUGUGAUCGCAACCUUCAAGACCCAUUUCUCUUUUGCUCCAUCUCUUGCAAGGUCAAUUACAUAGAGAUUGCCAAACCUGGAGGGAAGUUAGACCCAAGCAAUGAACUACUAACAUUUUACUAUAAAACAAGAACUGAUGUUAGCUUCCUAGAGCUUGAAGAUGAUCCUCAAAUGAGUCCUUGCAAGCCAUUAUCACUUGUUCGUGCCACAAAUGAGUUAGUGAAGAAGAAGAACAACAAGGUCAAGAAACGAAGCUGCAUUUUAAUUCCUCAAGCUGAGAGUAUUAGCCGCAGGAAAGGUGUGCCUCAUAGAUCACCUUUGAAUUGAAUGCCAUAGGAAAGAAAAAAAUUACUAGUAAUGAUGCCUUGAAAAGCUCAAUGUGUUGUGCGUUUUUAGUAGGAAAAUGAAAAUGAUUUGUGGGGUAAGUUUUGACAUGACUGGAAAUUAAUGGC